AAAGGUUUGCGCAAAGCUGCUGCCUGUUUCGCGUCUGUUCUGCGUGCGCGAGCGCGUGCUUGUGUGAACAGCUCGAGCGCCUUCAUUGAUCUUGACUUUCGAAAACGGUCUCAACGGUUUUAACGGUCAUAACGGAUUUCCUCUUUGAAGUCAUGCCGACAGCCAGCCAGAAUGCUCUGUUUGGGAUGGGGAAUCCAUUGUUGGACAUUUCUGCUGUGGUGGACAAGGACUUUUUAGACAAGUACGGCCUAAAGCCCAACGAUCAGAUCCUGGCAGACGAGAAGCACAAAGCACUGUUCGAUGAGAUAGUAAAGAAGACUAAAGUGGAGUAUCAUGCAGGUGGAUCCACACAGAACUCCGUCAAAAUCGCACAGUGGAUGAUCCAGGAACCCCACAAUGUGGCGACGUUUUUCGGAUGUAUAGGUAAAGACCACUUCGGUGAGAUUCUGAAGCAGAAGGCGGCCGAGGCACACGUGGAUGCGCACUACUACGAACAGAACGAAGAACCCACCGGUACCUGUGCGGCCUGUAUCACUGGAGAUAACAGAUCUCUGGUUGCCAACCUGGCAGCUGCUAACUGCUAUAAGAAGGAGAAACAUCUGGAUAUGGAGAGCAACUGGAGCCUGGUGGAGAAGGCUCGGGUCUACUACAUCGCUGGGUUUUUCCUGACCGUAUCUCCAGAGUCGGUGCUGAAAGUCGCUAAACAUGCAAGUGACCACAACAAGAUCUUCGGUCUGAACCUUUCUGCUCCCUUCAUCAGUCAGUUCUUCAAAGAGCCGCUGAUGAACGUCAUGCCCUACGUGGACAUCCUGUUCGGCAACGAGACGGAAGCAGCGACCUUUGCUAAGGAGCAGGGAUUCGAGACAGAUGAUAUAACUGAGAUUGCACGGAGGGUGCAGCUUCUUCCCAAAGUCAACAAGAACAGGCAGAGGAUCGUGGUUUUUACUCAGGGCCCAGAGGAUACCGUCGCCACUGUGGGUGAAAAGGUGAUGAAGUUCCCAGUGUUGAGUAUCGAUCAGAACGAUAUCGUUGAUACUAACGGAGCAGGAGACGCUUUUGUGGGAGGGUUCCUGUCCGAGCUGGUUCAGGAGAAACCUCUGGAGCAGUGUAUCCGUGCAGGUCACUACGCCGCUCACGUCAUCAUCCGACGCUCCGGCUGUACCUUCCCCGAGAAACCAGACUUCUGUUAAUCACACCUGUCCCUCCUUCUUCAUUUUUCUGAUCUUUCAGUCUCUUUUUUACGUCUUAAGACUCCGGCAGCAAACUUCUGUGCCUCGACGUGUGUUUACAGUCACUUCAAGGGCAUAUUGGGAUCAAUGAGUAGCGCUGUCUGUACUGCUGCUUCUAUCGGCAGGAAGUCACACAUAAGCUCUGAUUUUACAGUCUUAAAGCAAAAAAAAAACAUUUUUCUUUGGUCCAAAUGUUCAAAUCUGGGUUUGUUUUGAUACACAUUAAUGGUUGAGGACCAGCAAGUAAACAGGUGCAUUAUAAAAAGAUCAGAUUUUAGAAAUAGAAUAAAAGUCCUUAUUAGUCUGGUUUAACUUCAUUAGCUGGAGUGUUUCGGAUCUUUCUGCUCAUCUUUAACUUCUUUCUUAAAUGUUUGUGUUGUUGCGAAACACCAAAUUCUGGAGCAAAACGCACAAGUUUUUUAAUAUGCAAGCUGUACAGCGGUGAGAGGGGACGCGGGUUCUUCAUGCACAUUUCCUUCGGACCACACUUACAGUGCCAUACAAUCCAAUAAAGUGAUUCUUAUUCACA